AUGCCACGACAUGAAGAGUUCCCGAGUAAAGGAGUAGAGGGCGUACCAAGUGAUGAUAUAGGUUGGCAUUUUGGAACACCUGUGCCAAAUACGAGAGAAAAUAUUUUAUGUAAACUUUGUGAUAAAGUUGUAAAAGGAGAAAUAACACGUUUCAAAGAACACAUUGCUUAUAAAACUGGCAAUGUUGCACCAUGCCCUAAAGUUACUGACAUCGCUACUAGACAAGUCGUGCGAGAUAGUAUCCAAUCACAACAUGAGUGGCACAGAAGACAAGAAUUCAGACAAAGAACUAGUGGUUGGAGUAACAUAAUGAAGAAGGAUGAAGCUCUCAUGGUUCAAAGUAAAAGUUCAAGACAACCAAAAGUAAGUGAUUCAUUUCUAAAGAUAUUAAGAAGAAAAAUGGCAAAAGUUGGCCAACAUGUAAGACUUCCAACACCUUAUGAGAUCUUAGAUGUGUAUUUAAAGUCUGAGUAUCAACAAGUUCAUGAAUGGAAAUCUGUAGAUGUCUUAAGUAUUCGUAGUAGAGAUGCAAACUUUUACUACAGAUUAUUAGAUGAAGUUGUGGAAGAAAUUAGAGAAAAAUGCAUUGUUCAAAUAGUCAUUGAUAAUGAGGCAGCACUUAAGGUCGUAGAAAAAAGACUAAUGGAGAAGAGAAAACAUUUAUAUUGA